AUGCCGUUUGCCGAUUUGCCGAUCUUGAUUCUUCAGAACGAAAAGAAGAGAACAAAGAGUACAAAUGCCACAUUUUUGAACAUCGUCAAGGUGCCGAGGGAAGCAGUAGCACACGCGAUUCAAGCUCCCACAGCAGUAUCCGGAAUUUCCAGCACAAAAUGCUGGUGAAAGGGUGUCACUUACCGCCAAACGUCACCGCACAUAUCGUGGUCUCCGCACAGUGUGCGCAGACGACGAUACCUGUGCGAUAAUCCAGCAAAUCAUUCGGAACCCGCUUUUUUUCCGCACACCCUGUGUUAAGACC